GAGCUACUGGCAGGGAGCCUCUGCGGAGCAGUGGAAAAGGAGCUAAGGGCACAGGCAAUCUGAAAAACGGGAAGUUUGAAGGCAGAACACAGCCAGCAUGUGACUGAGUUUUUAGCAACAGGUUUCCAAGAUGCAUUCUUCUUCAUCCUUCAUGCUCCGAAAUGCCAAAGCCUCCAAAAAGGACAACUCUUAUCCUUUAUAGAACAGGGAAGCACCCUGUCCUAUAAAGGAUGGUUCCAGCAGGAGCAGGGCUCCACUGUUCUUGGCAGACCUCACACCAAACCUGCAGGAGUGGCACAAAAGAGAAGCAGCAGCAACACGGGAGGAGUCUGAUACUGAAACGACCACUUCACCGAACAAAAAGCAUUUUCAAGUCUAAUCUUUGGAUCAAAAGAACUCUUGAAGUCAUGAUUGCUUCACAGUAUCUCUCUUUUCUCACUUUCGUGCUUCUCCUGUUUAAAGAAAGCAGAACCUGGUCUUACCAUGCAUCCAAGGAAAACAUGACUUUUGAGGAGGCCAGAGAUUAUUGCCAGAAAACUUACACAGCUCUAGUUGCAAUUCAAAACCAGGAAGAGAUUAAAUAUCUGAACUCCACAUUCAGCCAUUCACCAAGUUACUACUGGAUUGGAAUCAGAAAGAUCAACAAUAUAUGGACCUGGAUAGGGACCAAUAAGUCUUUGACCAAAGAAGCCACAAACUGGGCUCCAGGUGAACCAAACAAUAAGCAAAGUGAUGAGGACUGUGUAGAAAUCUACAUUAAGAGAGAAAAGGACUCAGGCAAGUGGAAUGAUGAGAGGUGCACCAAAAAGAAGCUCGCCUUGUGUUAUAAAGCUGCCUGUACCCCCACACCCUGCAGCAGCCAUGGUGAAUGUGUAGAGACCAUCAACAACUACACUUGCCAGUGCCACCCUGGCUUCAAGGGUCUCAAAUGUGAGCAAGUUGUGACCUGUCAGGCACAGAAACAUCCUGAGCAUGGACAUCUGGUUUGCAACCCUUUGGGGAAAUUCAGCUACAACUCUUCCUGCUCCGUCAGCUGUGCAGAGGGCUACCUCCCAAGCAGCACGCAGGCCACGUGGUGCACGUCCUCUGGAGAAUGGAGCGCUCCUCUUCCAACCUGCAAUGUGGUUAAGUGUGAUGCUUUGUCAAAUCCGGACAAUGGAGUUGUAAACUGUUCCCAAAACCAUGGAAGCCUCCCAUGGAACACCACCUGUACAUUUGAGUGUCAGGAAGGAUAUAAACUCACUGGACCCCAGCACCUACAGUGUAACUCCUCUGGGAUUUGGGACAAUAAGCAGCCAACAUGUAAAGCUGUGACCUGUGCAGCCAUCAGCCAUCCUCAGAAUGGCACUGUGAACUGUAGCCACUCCUCGGUUGGAGAGUUCGCUUUCAAGUCAUCCUGCCGCUUCGCUUGUACAGAGGGCUUCGUGUUGCAGGGGCCACCCCAGGUUGAAUGCACUGCCGAGGGACAAUGGACACAGCAGGUCCCGGUUUGUGAAGUGGUACGAUGUUCACGUUUGGACGUUUCUGGAAAGCUCAGCAUGAACUGCAGUGGGGAGCCUGUGCUUGGCACUGAGUGUACGUUUGCAUGUCCUGAAAGAUGGACGCUCAACGGCUCUGUAGUGCUGACCUGCGGUGCCACAGGACACUGGUCUGGGAUGCUGCCAACCUGCGAAGCUCCCAUUGUGUCCCAAACUCCCUUGGCAGUUGGACUUUCUACUGCUGGAGUCUCCCUUGUGACAAUACCAUCCUUUCUCUUCUGGCUUCUGAAACGCCUUCGGAAGAAAGCAAAAAAAUUUUCUCCUACCAGCAGCUGCUCAAGCCUGCUCAAGAUGGAGGCUACCCAGCACCUUCCGAGUUAAUUUAAGUCCAAAGGAAUCAGGAGCACAAGCAAAUUAGGGAACGAGAGCAAUACCCUGAAGAUGGCAGAGACAGAGAGGUCUGCUUGGGUCUCCAGCUCUUCUCUCCUACUGCAUCCACUGGCUACAUUUACAGGUGGGGCCAUGGUACCAGUGAGGACUUCAGUGGACAAAAUCCAACGAGCAAGUCCAGUCUGCCACCAAAAAAGACUCAGUUCUCUCCUUUCCGGCACUGACUACUGGAAGGAAGGGAUGAUAUUCUUGUCCAUGCAAAAGCAAAGAGACUAAGGCUCUAGAAUCUCAGAAUUCCUUUCCUAACUCACCCUUCACUCACUUUGAAAUCUUGUGGGGUAAUACAAUAGUUAGUGGCACUGUUUCUUUCUUUUGUCCCUCAUGUUGUUUCAGCUGCUGACUCUGUAAUUGCUGUCAUGAGGAUGAAUAAUAAUUGUCAAGAAUGUAGAGGAAACUGGUCAUAGAUAUUCUAUUAAUAGACUUGGGGGGAAAUGACAAAAGUUUAAUGCCACGGGGUGAUGACAUGUGAAAAGUUGUUAAUAGUGGAAAUUCUAUUUAGCACAGCAAGUACAGUCCCAAUAACUUUGAUCCCUGUGGGAUUCAGUGUUUUUUUAAAGUGUUUUUACCUUCCCAGGUGGCACAGUGAUAAAGAAUCUGCCUGCCACUGCAGGAGAUGCAAGAGAUGUGGGUUCAAUACCUUUGUAGGGAAGAUUCCCUGGAGAAGGAAAUGGCAACCCACUCCAGUAUUCUUGCCUGGGAAAUCCCACGGACAGAGAAGCCUGGUGGGCUACAGUCCAUGGGGUCACAGAGUAGGACACUACUGAACGACUAAGAACUAAAGUGCUUUUAGAGGUUGCAUUCUUUUUGCUUGCAUUGAAUAUAGUAUACAUGCCAUAAGUCUUAAUUCAGUACAAGUAUUUUAAGUUAUGAUUUUAAAUGUUUUAAGUAUGUAUUUAUUAAGCUUAUAUCAUACCUGGGUUUACCAGGUGGCUCAGGGGCAAAGAAUCCAUCUCCCAGGCAGGAGAUGUGGGUUCGAUCCCUGAGAUAGGAAGAUCCCCUGGAAAAACAAAUGGCAACCCACUCCAGAAUUCUUGCCUGGAGAAUCCCAUGGACAGAUAAGCCUGGUGGGCUAAAGUCCAUGGGGUUGUAAAACAGUCGGACACAACUUAGUGACUAAACAAAUGUCUACAAUCACAAAUAUUGUACUUAACAAAUACACAGAUAUUGUACUUAAUAACUAUUGUAAUUAACUUAUUGUAUACAACUUUAUAAACGUAAAGUUUGAUAAUAAACAUGUUUAUAUUUA